GUCCUCACCCUGGCCUCCUCCUCCCGGGUCCCCACACCCCGCCCCAGGUCCCCGCCGCCCUCUCUGCGUACCGGGUGACGCAGCGCCGCCUCCCCGCGACACAGCCGGGCUGACUGCAGGGGCCGCUAACGGUCCCGCGCCCCCCGGCGUCCGCGCGCCCAGCGCCCGGCGGACGAGGCCGCGCCGGCGGCGAUGGGCGCGAUGGGGGCGGCGGAGCCUCUGCAGUCGGUGCUGUGGGUGAAGCAGGAGCGCUGCGCAGUCAGCCUGGAGCCCGCGCGGGCGCUGCUACGCUGGUGGAGGAGCCCGGGGACCGAGCCCUCCGCGCCCGAUGCUCAUGCCUGCUCCGUGCUGGUGUCAGAGAUCAUUGCGGUUGAGGAAACACAUGUUCACGAGAAGCAGUCCUCUAGUGGCCGAUGGCAGAAAAUGGAAAACCCGUUCGCAUUCACAGUCCACUGUGUGAAGCGAGCGCGCCAUCACCGCUGGAAGGCGGCACAGGUGACCUUCUGGAGUGCCGAUGAGCAGCUGUGUCACCUGUGGCUGCACACCCUUCGUGAGCUGCUGGAGAGCCUGACUUCGAGACCAAAGCACUUGCUGGUAUUUAUCAACCCUUUUGGAGGGAAAGGGCAGGGCAAGCGCAUCUAUGAAAAAAAAGUGGCACCUCUGUUCACCUUGGCGUCCAUCACCACCGAAAUCAUCAUUACUGAGCAUGCCAAUCAAGCCAAGGAGACCUUAUAUGAGAUCAACACAGACGGCUAUGAUGGCAUCGUGUGUGUCGGCGGGGAUGGUAUGUUCAGCGAGGUGCUGCACGGGUUGAUUGGGAGGACGCAACAAAGUGCUGGCAUUGACCCCAAUCACCCCAGAGCCGUGCUGGUGCCCAGCACCCUCAGGAUUGGCAUCAUCCCUGCAGGGUCCACAGAUUGUGUGUGUUACUCAACAGUGGGCACAAACGAUGCAGAGACGUCUGCUCUGCACAUCAUUGUUGGGGACUCGCUGGCCAUAGACGUGUCCUCUGUGCAUCACAACAGCACACUGCUGCGGUACUCGGUGUCUCUGCUGGGCUACGGCUUCUACGGGGACCUGAUCAAGGACAGUGAAAAGAAGCGGUGGAUGGGCCUCGUCAGAUACGACUUUUCAGGGUUGAAAACCUUUCUCUCUCAUCAAUACUAUGAAGGGACAGUGUCCUUCCUCCCAGCGCAGCACACAGUGGGAUCUCCACGGGACAAGAAACCUUGCCGGGCUGGGUGCUUCGUGUGCAGGCAGAGCAAGCAGCAGCUGGAAGAGGAACAGAAGAAAGCCCUGUACGGCCUGGAGAAUGCCGAGGAAGUGGAAGAGUGGCAAGUGAUAUGUGGGAAGUUCCUGGCUAUCAAUGCCACCAACAUGUCCUGUGCGUGUCCCCGGAGCCCUGGGGGCCUGUCCCCAGCUGCCCAUCUGGGAGAUGGAUCUUCUGACCUCAUCCUCAUCCGGAAGUGCUCCAGGUUCAACUUCCUGAGAUUCCUUGUCCGGCACACCAACGCGGACGAUCAGUUUGACUUCACUUUUGUCGAAGUUUAUCGAGUCAAGAAGUUCCAGUUCACAUCGAAGCACGUGGACGACGAGGACAACGACCUGAAGGAGAACGGGAAGCAGGGAUUUGGGCAGAUCUGCACAGACAGCCCCACGUGCAGCUGCUCGCCCUCUCGAAGCUCCUGGAACUGUGAUGGGGAGAUCCUGCACAGCCCUGCCAUCGAGGUCAGGGUCCACUGCCAGCUGGUGCGCCUCUUUGCUCGGGGAAUCGAAGAACAGUCCUAAGCAAGAAUCCCAAAGCUGAGAAGCCGUCUGCCUUGAGCUUGGGGAGUGUGAAAACUACUUAAGAAAAAUUCGACAGACCAAUUAUGUUGAUACAUCCAUCUAAACUUAGAAAUUUAUUUUUGAUAGGUAAAUCUUGGUUUUAGAAAAGACAGCUUUGUCAACAAUUCUGUAUCCAUACCUGGCACCCUCACCUCGGUUCUAUGUGCAUCUGAGUCGCUUUUCAUAUAUCUUGUUCUCAGCAAAGGCACUUGCUGGUUUGGCACGUGGCUUGCUAGAUUUUAGCCACGCUGACCACGCAAAUUUCAAGACAGCCCUUUAGUGGCUAUACUGCAAUAAUUUUAGGGACAUUAUAAUAUUAAUACUUGCCAGGAAUCAGGUUACACCAUCUGGACACACGGGUAACGACCCAGUCACUCUGAGCCCUUUGUGAGACUUUCUCUGGAGUUGUUCGUGACCAGGUUUGGGAAAGUAGAUGGCUCUCUUUGCCUUCACUUUACACCUCCAUUUCUGAUCAGGAUGUUGCUAUGUGGCCCCUGUCGUAUGCCACAACCGUAACUCAACACAGUGAGGUCCUCUGCACAGCUGCACCUCCAGAACGGGGCCACAACACUGCGAGAAGACACCCAGGGUGACGCCUCAUCCUCAGGAUUCCCCACAUCUGCCGCCGUCACAGCUGCGUCCUGUGAGACAAUCCAGCAAAGUACCCACUGGAAGUUUCGUUCCGUCAGCCCUGGUAGCCAACACACUCUGGCCCGAGCAGUCUGUCAAUCACUGGCCAAAAGGAGGUUCCAUUUGGAAGCAAAGCACUUGGCACAGCUGGGCUCUGGUGGGUGGGGGGUGGGCAGAGGGCAACUGGCAUGCACAGAGGGUACAUUGGGGAUUUUAUACCACCCUCAACCUGAGUGUCAACAGUGGAGUGGCGGGUUAUCCCAGGUCGCCCCCGGGUACUUUGGUGCAAGCCCUGUGUCUAUUUCCAGGGUCCACAUCCAUUCUUCCCUGUGGGUUCUAUUCUGUGUACUUAUCGACAGCUUGCUCCUUGUCUAUCAAAAGGGUAUAUAAUCCAUGUCUUGGCUGUUUGCUUUGUCUCCACAAGGGGACUUGUAGUUGCUCUGGCGGAAGCCCUGGGCUCAUAACAAGUUUCCUUUGAAGGCAUUCCUGACCCAGGAGCUUCUCAGCCACACACUGUGGCCUGUGCUGUGUCUCCAAGUGGAUGCAUCUGAGAAGAAUAUGCAGCAUAAACUUGGAUUGCGAAGGGGGAGGGGCACUGACUGUUACAAGAGUAGGUUUUAGGUUCUGUACUGGGGAAGGAAUGCAUCUCGUGCAGGUCCUAUUAGUCAGUCACUACAGAGUUCUGCAGGCUGCCCGUUUCUAGGUGCUUUGGCAUGGGCUUCUGUUUUGAAGCCAUACAUGAAAUUCUCUGUUUAGUAUUCAGUCCCAUCCAGACAAAAGGGCAGCUGUAAAGGCGGCCAUGUUUAGGGACCAUGGUAAAGGUAACCGGGUAGUGGUGCUAGUUAACGACCGAUGGUCAAGGGGAAAGCUGGGUAGAGAGGACAUGUACCUAGCAAUUUCUAUCCGGGUCUCUUCCUGGAUAGGCAGGACCCAGAGGUGUGAGACGAGCAGCUCUUUGAAGUAGGUAGGUAGCCCUGGAGCAAUGUAGAGCAGACACUGGGGUGGCCACCUUGCUGUCCGUCCAUCCCGGCAUUCUAGAGGGGCUCAGGACCUGAGGCAGCUGUGGGUGCUCCUGGCUCUCAGGAACUGUACUCUUCUCACAAGGAUUCAGGUCUCCAUUGGCCCUGUUACACGCUGCCCACGCCCUGGUUCACCCCUGCCACUGCCAGCUCUGGAGGAGGGGAUCCAGGUAGAGGACAUUUUGUUGGUGCUUAGCAGUGCAGGCCAUGUUCAGAAUCUAACUUUGGCACUAUCAUGGAGCAUCGUGAGUGUCAAGACCCUUACAACCCUUGACACUUGUACACAGGAUGGGCUGGAGCCCCCUGACAUUCCCAAGCAGUCGGCUAUGGUCUCCAUGAUGCUUUUUAGAUGCAAUAGCCCAACCCCAGGCCUUAGGUAUUUUAGGAGAGAGAGAAAAACAAACAAACAAAAAAUAAAUAAACAAGCCAGGAGUAAAGAUCAGACAGUGGCAAUUUAGGAUCCUGUAGGGGUCUGGUCCAUAUUCUAAUUCCCUCUGUGGCCCACUGGUGCACAACAAUUAGGCAGCAGUCAUAUGCAGCAACUUCUUCUUGUUUAUGAAAAUGAAGCAGCGGGGGUGGGAAGCAUCUGGCUUCCCACCGCAGCUGCUUCAGUCCGUGUACAAUCUCUUGAACUGGGAGCUCUGGCAUGAGGCUGGCCCAAUAUGCUUCCUGAUCUUGCUGGCUUCAAGAUUAGCAAGGCAUAUUUGAUCUGAUAUGUUUGAGACGACAAAAAAAUAAAGUUAACUUUGG